CCAUAGUGCUAUACACCGCUUGCCCUGAGAGAUCACAACCGAACCAAGCUAGCAAGGAACAUGGAUUGGGGAUGCGGGAGAAAUCGCACGAUAUUAAAAGAUCAAAGGCGCCCUCGAGUCAGCUUGAGUUCUCGCCUGGUUCAUUCCCAUCCAGCAAGCAGCAGUAACUCGUGCAACAACUUGCGACUUGCCAGCAAACCACUUUUUUCUCGUCGCUCCUUUUUGGUUCUUUUUCCGUCUCUCCGACAAAAUCGUCAACACUUGUGAUACCCAGCUCGAGCCAAGUUUUCUUGAUCCCUAUUUAAGAAACGAACCAACACAAAAACACCGAUACAAUGGCCGCUCCUCAGCAACAACAGACCGCCGCUCAGGGUCCCGUUAACAACGACGACAUUGCCGACUGGACGGCGCGUUUCAACGAUGUCCUGGCCCGGCCCGGCGAGUACCUCAACUCCCAGUCGCCGCCCAACGCGCAGCCGUGGUACCACUCUUUCUUUGGCUGCUUCAACCCCAUCGACACCUGCCUGCUGGCCUACUGCUGCCCUUGCGUCGUCUUUGGCCGCACCCACCACCGCACCCGCAAGAACGCCAAUCUCGAAGGCUACGAGCCCAUCAACACUUCGUGUCUCCUCUUCUGCGCCACGGGCUGCUUCGGUCUCCACUGGAUCCCCAUGGCCAUGCAGCGCGCCGACCUGCGCACCAAGCACAACCUCCAGGGCAGCUGCCUCCUCGACAUCGCCGGUGCCUGCUGCUGCCAUUGCUGCCAGCUCAUUCAGGAUGACAAGGAGGCCGCGCACCGGGAGCCGCUGCUCGUCCAGCAGCAGGGCUACCAGGCCCAGGCCGGCAUGACCUUCCCUGGCAAGCAGUAA